CCGCGGGGUCAACUGUCCGAUCGAUAACACCGAUCGGGGUGCGAUGACUCGGCAAAUUCGCCGGCUGCAUCGUUCAGUUUCGUCAUCUGUCGAUUCGCCGAAUCCGGAGUUUUCCAAGGAAGCGUUGCCAUGCGCUACGACGGACUUGCGUCGUAGCGAUGAGUCACGACUCACGAUCCAACGACGCGACGAGUUCGGAUCCAGAUGUUGGCAAACGCCCUUCUCAUCAUCCUCCGUUCGGGCUGUUGUCUUCUCUCGAUUCGAAUUACGGAAUCUCACUGACGUAACGUGUUCUCUUUUCAGACCUUAUGAGCACCGGAGUUUCGGUGUUGGCGGGGGUUCGCGUGGAGCCUUCUCAAGGGACAGCUCUCGAGCCAAGUGGGGUGCAAGUACGGACAGGGAAAAUAAGCCUCUGAGUCCCGUCGACUGGACUCGCGAGAAGUUGGAGCCUUUCACCAGGGACUUCUAUCGCGAGCAUCCAACGACCGCGGCACGCGAUGCGCUCGAGAUCCGCAUGUGGCGCGACAAGCAUCAGCUCACCAUCAUGCGAACAGGCUCGAACAAAAUCAUUCCCAAUCCGAUCCUCACUUUCGACGAAGCUCAGCUUCCGAGCUACGUCGACUACGCUGUAAAAGCUCAAAAGUACGAAAAUCCGACCGUCAUCCAAAGUCAGAGUUGGCCGAUCGCGCUCCAAGGCCGCGACCUCGUGGCAAUUGCCCAGACGGGCUCAGGAAAGACUCUGGGCUUCAUUCUCCCGGCUAUUGUUCACAUCAACAAUCAGCCGCGUCUCCAACGCGGAGACGGUCCGGUCGUUCUGGUUCUCGCUCCAACAAGAGAACUGGCCCAACAAAUUCAACAAGUCGCCGUCGAAUUCGGCCGUGACUCUCGCAUUCGUUCCACUUGCGUUUUCGGCGGGGCACAGCGAGGCCCUCAGGCCGGUGAUCUCCGUCGCGGAGUCGAAAUCGUAGUCGCUACUCCGGGACGUCUCAUCGAUUUCCUGCAGUCGGGUACCACGAACUUGCGUCGUUGCACUUACCUCGUGCUGGACGAAGCCGAUCGCAUGUUGGACAUGGGUUUCGAACCCCAGAUUCGUCAGAUCGUUGGUCAGAUCAGGCCCGAUCGUCAGACGCUGAUGUGGAGCGCUACUUGGCCCAAAGAAGUCCAAGGACUCGCUUCGGAUCUGCUGACUGACUACGCUCAGAUCAAUAUUGGAUCUCUGGAACUUUCCGCCAAUCACCGCAUUACCCAGAUUGUUGAAAUCGUCGAAGAGAACGACAAACUCAGGAAACUGAUGGACUUCUACGGCGAUAUCCAGAAGCAGGGGAGCGGUAACAGGAAAACUAUAAUCUUCACUUCGACCAAAAGGGCGGCCGAUGAGCUAGCCGAUCAUCUCUGGAAAGAGAGGAUCAGCGUGCAGGCCAUUCAUGGUGAUAAAAAUCAGGCUCAGCGAGACAAAAUUCUCUACCAAUUCCGUUGUGGGCGUCUCGAAGUUCUGGUGGCCACAGACGUGGCUGCUCGAGGUUUGGACGUCGAUGACAUCGCCUACGUUAUCAACUAUGAUUAUCCGAACAACUCUGAAGACUAUAUCCAUCGUAUUGGUCGUACCGCACGAUCCAACAAGACUGGAACUGCCUUCACGAUGUUCACGAAGAAAGAUUCUAAGCAAGCCAGAGAUCUCGUUCAAGUCCUCAAGGAAGCCAAGCAAGAUGUCAACCCCAAAUUGGAAGACAUGGCUCGUUGGGGAGGAGGUGGCGGUCGUAGCUUCUCUCGAUAUGGUAGCGGUGGUGGAUUCGGCGGUAACCGAGGCUUCGGUGCAAACCGAUUCGGAGGCUUCGGCGGGGCAAGGAAUGGUUUCGGAAGUGGUGCUUACGGAGCUGCGAAUUUCAACAGGAUUAAAAAGUUCUGAAUCUAGAACCAUCAUUUCAAAACAUCUUAGGGACUUUAUUUUGAAAUUUCUAAACUUGUACGACACUUCAUUGGAUUGAAUCAUCCGUCCCAACGCUGAAACCCCAGAGCUGGGAUGCUCCAUCGAAGGUAGGUUGAUAUCGAGUUGGAGAAGCUGUCCAGCUGGUAUCGGAAUUGUCUAUCCAAACACGGAGAAACAGCGAAUCUCCUUCGACCGGUCCUUUUCAAGUAGACAGAAUCAAUUUGUACAUAGGCGGAAACGAUAAUGUCCUGAUCCUCCAUCCUUGUGACUUUUGCGCUCUUUUCGCACCUCAUUAAGUUAUGUGUAAACUCCACUUAUUCAGAAAAAAUUCAAGAGAGAGAAAAAGAAAGAAACCAUUUUUUCAAACACCAUGCCACCACCGCUUGGAACCAUCAAAAAAAUAAACUUAGCGAUUUAUUCGU